CGGCCGGGAGCGUGCCCUCAGGCCUGGGGGAGAGGGGGCAACAGAGUGGGGUGCCGGCGCCAUGCGGCCGGCAGGCUUAGCAACGCUUAAGUUAAAUCAGUGACUGCAAAGCUGGGCACUCAAUAAAGGGGAAAUGAAAGAUGUGAAGCCACAUGAGAGAUGUUUGACUUGCUUGCAGCAGAAAGCUCCGCUUCAUCUUUGUGACUCUUCUAUUAGUCAGAACAAUAUUUUAUCUUCAUUUUAUCUAUGAGGAAUCAAGAAAGAGAGAUCUGAAGGCCUGACUGUCCAAGGUGACUCAGUGCUUUGGUUUACUGUUCUGGUUCAUCAUUUUAAAUGACUAUUUCAGAUGUAAAGACAGAAAAUACAGAGGAUAUUCUCAUGAUAUAUGAACAAGAAGCAGAAGAGUGGGCUCUGUAUUUAAAAUCACUUUUUGGACACAUAGUGAACAAAGGAAUCUUACUCUACAACAUAGAGACUUCGUCUUUCAAGCAGCAGGAGCUAUUCUCUUUACCAUCUUAUAAAUGUAAACUCUUAUCAUGUGGACUUCUUAACUGCCUGAAUCAAAUGAGAAGUUACUUUCUGGAGCGAGUUCUAAGACCUCCAAAUAAUGUGGUGAUCCUACUUUGUGGAGUGGAGAAUUCAGAGAUACUUUAUGAGACACUGACCUUCGAUAGAGGCAGCAAAGAGAUUUCCACUGAUCAGGAACCUGAGGAGUAUUUGUCUGUCGUUACUGGAAUUAUUCAACCAGGUAAGCCACAGAAUGAAAAUCCUGGAGACUCUUUGUCUGACAUCUAUGAAGUCCUUCUUGCAGACGAUCACAAGACUAGCUCUGAUGCUAACUUGUCAGAUGUCAGGAGAGCAUCAGAAAAGACAGACCUCAUUUUUAAAACAGAGAUACUUUCUGAAACAUUAGAAGCUAACAAGCAGUUGAUAUUGGUGCUUCCAGGAAGAAUAUCAUGUGAGAACCCUGGUGAAAUAUUCAUUUUGUUGAAAGAUGAAAUAGAUGAUGAAACUUUAGUUCAAUUCAUAGCAGAUAAUCAAUGAAUUAGGACACAGCUAGCCUCUUGGACUAAGAAGAUCAAGUACAUGAAAGCCUUAGAUUUUCCUGCUGGCCGUGUUUAUGUAAAUGUGUAUUGUGGAGGAGUCGUGAAGACCACAGCACAGAUCGAGUACUAUACUGCACUAGAGGAGAUAGAACACAUUUUUAAGAAAGUGGCUGACCCAAUAGCUUUCACUUGUCAGGCUUUUAAAUUUUCUUCUAUGGAGAAGCUGGACGAUGUUUUGACUUUUUUAUUGAAAAGCAAAAUGUCUACUUAUGAAUUCAGCCCCUUCCAGAAUGAAGAGCACCAUCAACAAGCUAGUAGCUAUUUGGAAGAAUUUCCUACUCUCCUUCACUGUGCAGCCAGAUUUGGGUUAAAGAACCUUGCAACUUUUCUACUCAAUUCUUCUGAGGCCACAGAGGCCUGCAAAAUAACCAACAAAUAUGCAGAGGAUCCAGCAACUAUUGCUGAGAAGCAUGAGCACAGGGAACUAAGAAAAUUAAUCAGAGAAUUGUCAAUUAAUACAGCAGAUAAUUUCACCAAUUGCAAGGUGGAAGCAGAAGAUGAUGACACUUACGUGGUUAUGCUAGGCUCAGAAACUCAACCAGCUAUGAAAUUAAAAGCUAAGCAGAACCAAGGAGAUCAAUAUGGAAUUGGUUCAAGAUGCCAACAAGAAGCUGAGGUGGGUGAGGAAAAGAAAGAUGUUGUAGAAGACAGCAGAGAGACAGAACAUGAAGGUCAAGAAGAAGAUUCAUACAGCUUUCACAACCAUCCUGACAAUUUGUAUGCCAGCAUACCUGAUGAUCUCGAAGAGAACAGAAGAGACUGCUUUUUUUGUAAGAGGCCGCCUCCUCCUCCCCCUCAAAACCUGCCUGGCAUCCUAAGACAGGAUGAUUUAUCACAAGAGAGGAAUUCUGUGGAGGAUGGAAGCGAAAGACAACAUGGUGGUGAACUUAUAACAGCAUGCUACAAAGAAGAUAUGUGCGAGAGAGACAGUGGGGGGGAAAGGAAGGAACUCAAGUCUUUUAUCGUGAACAGGCCGCCAGGCCCUGCCCCUUGUCCAGUAUAUUCACCAGUCAGAGAGGAGAAUGCUCCCUAUAUAAUGCAAGUGUUUCAGCAAAAGGCCACUCGAGUGCCCAGUGGCAGCAACAGAAUGUACUGCGAUGCUAGGAAGCCUGGUAACUGUGUUGCACACAGAGAUCAUGCUGACACAGUAACUGACAGCACUGUGCAACACAACAUCCCUACUGAACAGGAAGAACUCAUCCACUUGCAGGAACAGGUGAAAAAGGGGACAACUUCUGUGUAUGAAACCCUUGCCAGAUUUAAACAGCGGCAGAAGGAAAAACAGAGACUUCAGUCCUCUCAACAGGAAAAAGCACACCACCUUAGAGACAGCAUUGUUGGAAACAGACUAGAAAAGGAAAAUUGAAAUGUUCCUAAGGAAAGCAGACCAGGGAGCAUUCAUUUUAGAGACUUCUUGUUCCACAUGCCAUUUAAUAAAGUGAUAUGUAUGAAUGUUAGCAGUCCUCAGGUUUGUUUAAUGAAUUCUGGUUUUCACAUCUGUAUGCAGACACUCUCUCUCUCCUUUUAAACCCAUGGGCCUCCU